AUGCUCCAAGAAUUAUUGGAACAAGCCUACGGCAAAAAAAAUGUGAAAUUAAAUCAAUUGAAAAAGCAAGACAAAAAAAGAAAUGAGUUAGAUUUAAGGAAAAAAAUGAGAAAAUACAACCGACUAAUAGACAAAUUUAAUCGCAAAAACGAUGAAGAUAAGAGACAGGACAUUUUGGAUCAGAUUGAUUGA